CAUCGAGACAUUAAUUCCACACACGACUUCCGGAUUCAUCAUGAAAUUCGUAUUGGUCUGCUUCCUCGCUGUGCUCGCGGUGGCCGCGGCGCGCCCACAGAUCAGUUUGGACGGCAUCAGCGCUGGGUCCGGCACCAAGGCAGGACAGCCGGAUACCGGAUUGGACAGCCCAUCCGGCAUCGCCCCAGCCUCUGACUCCGCGUUGUCGAACGGCAUCAGCGCUGGGUCCGGCACCAAGGCAGGACAGCCGGAUACCGGAUUGGACAGCCCAUCCGGCAUCGCCCCCGCCUCUGGCGCCGCGUUGUCGAACGGCAUUAGCGCUGGGUCCGGCACCAAGGAAGGACAGCCGGAUACCGGAUUGGACAGCCCAUCCGGCAUCGCCCCCGCCUCUGGCGCCGCGUUGUCGAACGGCAUCAGCGCUGGGUCCGGCACCAAGGAAGGACAGCCGGAUACCGGAUUGGACAGCCCAUCCGGCAUCGCCCCAGCCUCUGACUCCGCGUUGUCGAACGGCAUCAGCGCUGGGUCCGGCACCAAGGAAGGACAGCCGGAUACCGGAUUGGACAGCCCAUCCGGCAUCGCCCCAGCCUCUGACUCCGCGUUGUCGAACGGCAUCAGCGCUGGGUCCGGCACCAAGGAAGGACAGCCGGAUACCGGAUUGGACAGCCCAUCCGGCAUCGCCCCAGCAUUUGGCUCCUAUAUUGGCUGAUAAUGUAAUAUUGUGUGUUUAAUGUUUCUUUUUUUUGUUUUUCUCUUCUUUUAUUGUUCAUUUUCAUUUGUGUUUUCGUGUCAAAUAAAGGUUUUUCUAUUUCUA